AUGUCAAAACGAACAGACAGGACUUCAUCACUCGUUCGUGGCGUGUUGUAUGGUCUCGCUGCAGGAGAUCAUAAUCAUGGGCCUAUUGCCAUGGCCUUGAUAAUUGCCAAACAACUUGUUCACCUUCAACAAGUAAAUUCUCAACAAGAAUCAGAAGUUGCAACAACUUCCUCCGAAGAAGUAGGAUCCUCCUCUUUACUUGAUCAUCAUCAUCAUGAAUACUAUUCAUUUCUCAAUCACAUCUUUUCAGACUAUUUGGAAUGGUAUCAUCAGAAACAACACGGCUGGGAUGAUACUGGACUCAUUGGAAGAUUAAUCUUUAAAUCUGCCGCACUAGUGGUUGUGCACGAUCAAAGUUCAUCGUCCUCUUCAUCAUCCGUAAACAAUCAUUCUUUACCCAAUAAGGCAAUUCAACAGAAUGAUUUUACAAAGAAUGACGAUAAUAAGGAUGACAUUACAAAAGAACUCUACCUGCAGAAAAUCCAUCAAUCUGCCAAAAUUGAUCAAGAUUUAAAUGGGCAAACAGGUGGAGUGAAUCCAGCUCAUCGGAAUGUCGUGUUGAGCAUGUUUCGAGGUUGGUCCUCGAUCGAUGAAUUAUUAGAAAUUUCACACAUGGAAACCAUCAUGACCCAUCAUUCGAGGUAUGCAGUAGAAGUUGCACAAUUACAGAAUUAUAUAUGUCGUCGAUGGAUUGAAUCGUCCCUGUCGUCGUCAUCCUCUUGUUCAUUGGAAUCUUGUUCAUCCACCACAAAGAAUUCCACUCUUUCCAUUGUGACCAUUUGUAAAGAUUUCAUUGAAAAGUUUUCCAACCCAAAAAAAACAAAUGAACGACAGGAUUCAUCAUCAUUGAAAGAAAAUCAAAGUGACCAUGAACGACAGGAUUCAUCAUCACCACUACCAAUUCAAAAAAGUUCUCUUUCCAAAGAAUUAUUGACAUGUUUAAAGUCACUCAUUGAAAAUACAGACUUUCUUCGAGGAGAUGCUCUAGAAAUUGCUCGUUUGCGAUUACAGUUAUCACCAGGAGGAUUUUCUCCCUUUACCAUGCAAGCAGCUCUUUAUUUUGUCAUUUUACACACUCACGUCUGUGCAUCCAAAUAUAGUAAUGAUCAAGAAUUAGUGGAAGCUUGUUUGAAGGAUUCUUUUAAAUUUGCUGGAAAUGCUAAUUAUUGUCCCGUGUUGGUGGGACCUAUGUUAGGUGCCAGAUUUGGAGAUGCAGUAUUUGUGAAUUUAUUGAGUCAUUCGAAACAAAUGACUCGGGUAUUUGAAAUUUCACAUGCCUUAGCUCAAGCAUGGCAAUGA